AUGGCAUCGAGCAGUAGUAGACGUAGUAGUGUUAGUUGUGCAGAUAGUGGUGUCAGCUGUAACAGUACUGCUACAACAGUUAAUCCACGUUAUGAGUGUUACUGGUUGGACAGUUGUCGUGGGCAACAUGAAUUAGAUAAUUGCCCAGUACGACUACGUGAAUUACGAGGCAAGUUGGGCAUCUAUUACAGUCCAAAUGCAAUCUACAAACGUUUUACUCGUGAUCAAAUGAACGAUCUACCCUUAGAAUCCAAUCCAACUGGAUGUACAAUGAUUCAUUUGUUAAUUCAUAAAAAAGAAAAUAAUGAAACUUGGCUACUGUUUGUUACUAAAUUUGUUAAAGAAAAACAACAAGAAAAUGAAGUUAGACCAAGUCGACAGUUAUUAUUAACAUUACCAUCCUCAAAUCCAUGUAAGAAAAAUGAACUUCAAAAAGAUGUAGCUGAAAGAGCAUUGAAUAGUAUUACACAUGAAAGCGAAAUAACAACAAACAUUCGAUCACGUCUCAAACGUUUCUUAUUUGUUAAUGCUAGUGCCAUCUAUCCAUUAUAUUUACCCAAUGAACAUGCGGAUCUCUUAACAACUCAUUUUUCCCCAAAUGAAGAAGUUAUUUCUCUUCAUUGGUGUCCUCUAUCAACUAUUUUGAACCAAUUGCCUCAAUGGGAUAAUUAUUUGAAAAGUCAAGCCGAAGGAAGAGAAUUAGCACAAAUACGACAUCCGAGUCAUACUGGAAUUAAAUUGAAUACAGGAAAUAAUGAACAUACAAUCUGGUCAGUCACUGCAGCUUGUCUGAUGUGUAUCAGAAAUCACGUGGGAUUUGAUACAUUUCUUCAACCAUAA